GGUUUGAGUAAGGUAGUGCGGAGGAGGCACGUCUAGCCUGGAAAGUCGUGAGGGGAAGGGAGCUACGUCAGGGUAUCUAGUGGAAGGUAAGUAAGGGAGAAGAAGGCAUUUUGAUAUCGUUGACCUGCGUUGCUUGGACAAGUCUGAGAGUUGUUCGUGAGAAGACAGGAAAUCUUUCACGGUGUGAUGUGACGUGGAUCUUAGCAGGCUUACGGAUACAGUAGCAACGAUUGCACACAACAGCAGAGAUCCCUGUCUCUGCAACCCCCAACACCGAGCCAGAUCUGCAGCACUACCUCGUAGAUGCCGAAUCAAAACAUCACGUCUCCGGAACCGGCAUCCUCUAAUCUACGAAUUAUGGGGACCCUCCUACUCUUCUGAUCCCUGUUUAUGCUAGUAUCGUACAGUAAGGGCAUGAUAGGUUCGUGGGAUAUUCGCUCACGGUUCGGAGAUGGUGCAUUGAGUUUUGGAGGAGUUGGUCAAGUUGGGGGAGAUGGGGAAGAGUAUAUAAGUGAGCAUGAUCCGCGCUUGGGGUAGGUUGGUCUUUGGAUCAACAGCUUUGACUGCGUGUCUUUACUUUACUGAUACUCACUCACUCACCUUCUUCAUACUUAGACAUCCAUCGUGGUGACUUCCUUCCAUUUACACCAGUUCGUUGUCGAUAGCAGUCAACGCCAACUCCCGUCAUAGCCCAAGAGGUUCACUUCCACAAACGUCACCCAGACGUCUAUCUUCACUUACUCCUACAAUCUUUUGUACAAUAACAAAAUCUCACCAUGACUCAAGACGAGUACAACACUCGCGCACCUCACGAGGGCAUGUCCCCAGGUCGUUACGCAGCCACAAGAUUCUCCUCGCUCAAGCCUCCCAUGCACAAUGUCCCGAAUCCCAUCAAACUCGUGCGCAUGUUGAACUCCCAACAAUGGGCAUUCUUCUUUGUCGCCUUCGCAGCUUGGACAUGGGACGCAUUCGAUUUCUUCUCCGUAUCUCUCACCGUUACAAGUCUCAGCAAAACCUUUGACAAAUCCAAAACCGACAUUACAUGGGGCAUCACCCUCGUUCUCAUGUUCAGAUCCGUUGGCUCUAUCGCCUUCGGUAUCGCGAGUGAUCGAUACGGUCGAAAGUGGCCAUUCGUGGUCAACAACCUUCUCUUCAUUGUUCUUGAACUUGGCACUGGUUUCUGUCAAACCUACCAGCAGUUUCUAGCUUGCAGAGCCCUUUUUGGCGUUGCUAUGGGCGGUCUUUAUGGUAACGCUGCCGCCACUGCCCUCGAAGAUUGUCCAGAGGAGGCCCGUGGUCUCAUGAGUGGUAUGCUCCAGCAAGGUUAUGCUUUCGGAUACCUUCUCUGCGCUGCAUUUGCUCGCGGUCUCGUCGAUACAACAUCUCACGACUGGCGUCCUCUCUUCUGGUUCGGCGCUUGUCCCCCAGUUCUCUUCAUCAUCGCUCGUCUGAUGCUCCCCGAGACACAAGCCUAUCAGGAACGCCAACACGCACGAGAGGUUGCUGGUGCAGACGGGAAAGGAAAGGUCUUCAUCAAAGAAGGCAAAGUCGCUCUUAAGCACCAUUGGCUUCUGCUGGUAUAUCUCGUCCUUCUCAUGGCGGGCUUCAACUUUAUGAGCCACGGUAGCCAGGACUUGUACCCUACCAUGUUGGAGAACCAGCUCAACUUUUCCAAGAACAAGGUCACUGUCACCCAGGUUGUGGCUAACUUGGGAGCUAUGCUUGGUGGCACUGUCGUCGGGUUCAGCAGCCAAUCUCUUGGUCGUCGAAUCAGCAUCAUCGCUUGUUGCAUCGUUGGCGGUGCCCUGCUGUAUCCCUAUACUUUUGUCCGCGACUCCUCAAUUAUUGCGGCUGCGUUUUUCCAGCAAUUCUGUGUCCAGGGAGCUUGGGGUGUCAUUCCUAUCCAUUUGAUGGAAUUAUCUCCAGGAGCUUUCCGUACUUUCGUCGUCGGUACAUCCUAUCAGCUCGGUAACCUUGUGUCUUCAGCUUCGUCGACCAUCGAGGCCCGUCUCGGCGAGAACUUCCCACUUCCCGACAAUGCUGAAGGCCAGACUCGCUACGACUACGGAAAAGUCAUCUGUAUCUUCAUGGCAUGUGUGUACGUGUACGUCAUUGUUCUGACGUUCAUCGGCCCUGAGAACUUGAGGGGCAAGUUCGAUGUUGCCCAUGACUCUGAUGCCAGGGAGGCCAUGGGCGACGGGGCUAUGGAACAGGCCGCUGACCGCCAUGGGCAUUACGACGAGGAAACCGGUAGGAUCAGCAGUGAGAAGCCUGAGGUUGCUCACCUGCGGGAAUAGACGUAGUCGAUUGUCUGGCAGAAUUGAUGACUGGUUGAGGUGUUCUGCAAUGACGACUGAGGUGCAACUUUGCACGCAUAUAGUUCUUGAUAUUAGUCCAGAGAUAGUCAUGAAACUCAUGAAAUAUUCCAAAACUUCGUUGUGCUUGA